AUGCAUGACCUCAAGAGCAUCCCAACGAAGGCGUAUGUUGUUGAGAGCAAAGGCGCUCCGUUUGUUCUCCAAGAUAUUUUACUAGACGAGAUCCAAAGCCAUGAGGUCCUUGUGGAGAUCCUGUACACCGGCCUGUGCCAUACAGAUAUCGUGGUUCAGCAUGGUGGAAUGCCCGUUGGUGGCUAUCCCGCCAUUCUAGGUCACGAAGGCGUUGGAGUGGUGCGCAAGAUCGGGUUGGGUGUUUCGAAUCAAGGUUUACUUCCUGGUGACAUAGUCAUAUUGUCAUUUCAUACAUGCCAGCAGUGUCGAUAUUGCCAGGAAGGGAACCUCGGAGGUUGUACUCGUAUGACAGAGAUUAACUUCACCAAAACCGGCCGGGACGGCCUUGAAAUGAAUUCACCAGCCUCUCUCCCCGAUGGAAAGCCAGUUUACGCGCAAUUUUUUGGACAAUCGUCUUUGAGCAAGUUGAUGAUAGUUCCGGAGAGGUCUGUCGUGAAAACCGAGCUAAGACUCGAAGACGAUCUCUCCUGCUUACCGCCAUUAUCAUGUGGUUACCUGACUGGAGCAGGAACCGUGUUCAAUGCACUACAGCCGAAGCCUGCUGACAAGGUGGCAGUUGUCGGCAUGGGCGCUGUGGGAUUUGCAGCCUUGAUGGCAGCUCGAGCGCUUGGAGUCGAGCAGGUUCUCGCCAUCGAUAUUGUGGAUGCAAAGCUUCAAAUGGCGACCAGCCUUGGAGCUUCUCAUACCAUUAAUUCUAGUGCAUUUACUGAUAUCAACGAGGGAAUCAGAAGUAUCUUCCCAGAUGGAGUUGAUAUGAUAGUCGAGGCAACUGGGAUAGCCAUUCUCGCAGAGACAUCAGUGAAAGCACUGGCCCAUGGGGGAACAUUAGCACUUGUUGGCGUGCUACCUCCAGACGCAGAUAUCAAGAUCAACGGACUGGAUGUGUUAAUUUCUUGCAAGAAGAUCAUAGGCGUUAUUGAAGGAUCUUCGAAUCCCCACGAGCUGAUUCCACGACUUGUUGAGCUGUAUAAGCAGGGCAAAUUUCCUGUAGACAAAUUGUCCAAAGUCUAUCCGGCCGAACAAUUGGAUCAGGCCUUGUCUGAUCUGAAGACUGGAAAGGUGAUUAAACCAGUCUUGUCAUGGGAAAGCGUGGUAGCCUCUGAAUGA